AUGAGUGAAUCUCGACGCGACAACUUUGCGCUGUUUCCAAUCUCGAUUUCAGUUUACGUGUGAGUGUACGACGUUUCCCACCACGCGUUAUCGUAAAGCGUGAGACAACCAAAGCGACGAGAUGGGUAAGCGACAGCAUCAGAAGGACAAGCUUUACCUCACUACCACCGAGUGGUCGACCAUCUACGGCGGCCGACGUCCCAACGCGACACGACAGGCUGAAGGCUCCGAAUUCAAGCGACUGCCGUUCGACCACUGUGCGCUUUCGCUACAGCCCUUCGAGCACCCGCUAUGCACCCCGGAAGGGAUAAUCUACGACAUCAUGAACAUCGUCCCGUUCAUCAAGAAAUACGGCAUCGACCCCGCCAGCGGAAAGCCGAUCGACGCCAAAAAGCUGAUACGACUGAACUUCGCCAAGAACGCCGACGGCAAGUACCACUGCCCCGUCCUGUACAAGGUCUUCAACGAGAACACUCACAUCGUAGCCAUCAAGACGACCGGAAACGUCUUCUCCUAUGACGCCGUCGACCAGUUGAACCUUCGCGCGAAGAACUUCAAGGACCUGCUUACGGACGAACCGUUCACAAGGCAGGACAUCAUCACGCUGCAGGACCCUAGUGACCUGGAGAAGUUCAACCUCUCGCGGUUUCACCACCUCAAGCACAACCUCAAGGUAAUCGAUCCCGAAGAAGAGAGGAUGAAGUCGGACCCCAAGUACACCCUGAGAAAGAUGAACGCCGAGACACGCACCAUCCUGGACACCUUGGACAAGGAGUACAAGCCUCCCGCUGAAAAGACCGAGAAGGUCGUCAAGAAAGCCGACAAGUUCAACGCCGCGCACUACUCGACGGGUGCCGUGGCGGCUUCCUUCACGUCUACCGUCAUGGAAGUCGCGACCGCCCACGAGCCGGCCGUUCUUGCCGACGAUGUCGUGCGUUACUCGAUGGUGAAGAAGAAGGGCUACGUCCAGCUCCAGACGACGCACGACCUCAACUUCGAGCUGUACUGCGAUGCGGUGCCCAAAACGUGCGAGAACUUCGUGGGACUCUGCAAGAAGGGUUACUACGACAACACGAAGUUCCAUCGGUCCAUACGCCACUUCAUGAUACAGGGCGGGGACCCCACGGGAACGGGCAAAGGUGGGGAAUCUUUGUGGGGAAAGCCAUUCAAGGACGAGUUCAAGCCAAAUCUUGUCCACCAAGGCAGAGGCAUGCUGAGCAUGGCAAAUGAAGGGCCUAACAUGAACAAAUCACAGUUCUUCGUAACCUACCGGUCGUGUCGGCAUCUCGACUCAAAGCACACCGUGUUUGGAAAACUGGUCGGCGGGCUGGAGGCACUGAAUGUGAUCGAGGCUGUCGAGACAGACAAUAAGGACCGUCCCAUCGAAGACAUUGUGAUUAUUAAGGCUGUGGUUUUUGUGGAUCCGUUCGAGGAAGUCAAUGAGGAGUUGAAGAAGAAGAGAGAAGAGGAGGAAGCGAAGAAGAAGCAAGACGGCAGCGAGCAAAUGGAAAAAAAUCUGAAAGCUAAGAGGGUCCUCAAGGAGUUCCACAAAGGAGUUGGAAAGUACAUCGAUCCGGCUGAAACUGCCAAGGCAGUGAGUGAACCUGCGGAAGCUGAAGCACCAGCGAAGAAAGUGAAAGCAGUGACUGGAAAGUUUGGUGACUUCAGUUGUUGGUGAUUAAACUGGAAAGCACACUUCUAUUGUUGCUCGUUGUCUCAGAGAUGCAACGGAAUGCUAAAAAUGCACGAUUUUUAUCGAUAGAACUUGUGGGCAUGUGUUUGGAAUGUGGUCAGUGCUAUAGCCAUUCUUUUGGUGUGGAACGAUUCAUUGGUAAAUGCAGCCCAGUCAAUUUUCUGGCCUGUCUUUUUGACUGUGGCAUUGUUUUUGUAAAAUGGCCUUGCUGCACUUCUUGUGAGAAAAAACACUGCACUCCUUGCAGAAACAUGUGAAUCGUGAUAUGUACUCGACCUUGUUCAGGAUGUGGCUAAGCAAAGCACUUCUGCGUUUCAUUAUUACCUAAAUGAGAAAUGUACGAGAUAAACUUAUGAAUGACAUGUAGAUGACAAGCAAUUGUGAAUGCAGAACAGUGUGUCGUAAAACAGAACUUCUCCUGGCCUUCCUUUGAAAGCACCACUGUUGUGGCACAGCUGGAAACUAAGUUUCGAAUACUUGUCUGAAGAAAUAUUGUAUCUGUGCAGUGGACUUCGAGACUGUGUGUCUGUGUAUCUGAAGCAUGUAUAAACUUUGUACAUAAAGAAAACUGUGCUUAUAUUUUA